AUGAUCCCUUCUGUCACUCCCCAACAGGCCAACUGCCUCUGUGGUGUAGUGGAUAGGCCUCAGUCCUGGAAGACUCCACCUUCCCUCACUGUUCAGACUCCACCUUCGAUCACUGUUCAGACUCCACCUUCCCCCACUGUUCAGACUCCACCUUCCAUCACUGUUCAGACUCCACCUUCCCCCACUGUUCAGACUUCACCUUCCCCCACUGUUCAGACUCCACCUUCCCUCACUGGUCAGACUUCACCUUCUCCCACUGUUCAGACUCCACCUUCCCCCACUGUUCAGACUUCACCUUCCCCCACUGUUCAGACUUCACCUUCCAUCACUGUUCAGACUCCACCUUCUCCCACUGUUCAGACUCCACCUUCCCCCACUGUUCAGACUCCACCUUCCAUUACUGUUCAGACUCCACCUUCCCCCACUGUUCAGACUCCACCUUCCCCCACUGUUCAGACUCCACCUUCUCCCACUGUUCAGACUCCACCUUCUCCCACUGUUCAGACUCCACCUUCUCCCACUGUUCAGACUCCACCUUCCCCCACUGUUCAGACUCCACCUUCCAUUACUGUUCAGACUCCACCUUCUCCCACUGUUCAGAUUCCACCUUCCCCCACUGUUCAGCCUACCUUCCCCCACUGUUCAGACUUCACCUUCUGCCACUGUUCAGACUCUACCUUCCCUCACUGUUCAGACCCCACCUCCCACUGUUCAGACCUCGCUUUCUCCCACUGUUCAGAUUUCACCUUCCCUCGCUGUUUAGGCUCCACCUUCCCUCACUGUUCAUACCUCAUCUUCUCCAAAUGUUCAUACAUCAUCUCCUCCCACUGUUCAGACCCCACAUUCCCCCACUGUUCAGACUCCACCUUCCCUCACUGUUCAGACCCCACCUCCCACUGUUCAGACCUCGCUUUCUCCGACUGUUCAGAUUUCACCUUCCCUCGCUGUUUAGGCUCCACCUUCCCUCACUGUUCAUACCUCAUCUUCUCCCACUGUUCAGACUCCACCUUCGAUCACUGUUCAGACUCCACCUUCGAUCACUGUUCAGACUCCACCUUCCAUCACUUUUCAGACUCCACCUUCCAUCACUGUUCAGACUCCACCUUCCAUCACUGUUCAGACUCCACCUUCCCCCACUGUUCAGACUUCACCUUCCCUCACUGUUCAGACUUCACCUUCCAUCACUGUUCAGACUCCACCUUCCCCCACUGUUCAGACUCCACCUUCCCUCACUGUUCAGACUCCACCUUCCAUCACUGUUCAGACUCCACCUUCUCCCACUGUUCAGACUUCACCUUCCAUCACUGUUCAGACUCCACCUUCUCCCACUGUUCAGACUCCACCUUCCCCCACUGGUCAGACUUCACCUUCCAUCACUGUUCAGACUUCACCUUCUCCCACUGUUCAGACUCCACCUUCCCCCACUGUUCAGACUCCACCUUCCCUCACUGUUCAGACCCCACCUUCCCCCACUGUUCAGACUCCACCUUCCAUCACUGUUCAGACUUCACCUUCCCCCACUGUUCAGACUCCACCUUCCCCCACUGUUCAGACUCCACCUUCCCCCACUCUUCAGAAUCCACCUUCCCUCACUGUUCAGACUCCACCUUCUCCCACUGUUCAGACUCCACCUUCCCCCACUGGUCAGACUUCACCUUCCAUCACUGUUCAGACUUCACCUUCUCCCACUGUUCAAACUCCACCUUCCCCCACUGGUCAGACUUCACCUUCCAUCACUGUUCAGACUUCACCUUCUCCCACUGUUCAGACUCCACCUUCCCCCACUGUUCAGACUCCACCUUCCCUCACUGUUCAGACCCCACCUUCCCCCACUGUUCAGACUCCACCUUCCCCCACUGUUCAGACUCCACCUUCCCCCACUGUUCAGACUCCACCUUCCCCCACUGUUCAGAAUCCACCUUCCCUCACUGUUCAGACUCCACCUUCUCCCACUGUUCAGACUCCACCUUCCCCCACUGGUCAGACUCCACCUUCCCUCACUGUUCAGACUUCACCUUCCCUCACUGUUUAGACUCCACCUUCCCCGACUGUUCAGACUUCACCUUCCCCCACUGUUCAGACCCCACCUUCUCCCACUGUUCAGACUUCACCUUUCCCCACUGUUCAGACUUCACCUUCCCCCACUGUUCAGACCCAACCUUCUCCCACUGUUUAGACUUCACCUUCCCCCACUGUUCAGACCUCACCUUCCCCCACUGUUCAGACCCCACCUUCUCCCACUGUUUAGACUUCGUCCCCCUUCCCCCACUGUUCAGACUUCACCUUCCCCCACUGUUCAGACUUCACCUUCCCCCACUGUUCAGACCCCACCUUCUCCCACUGUUUAGACUUCGUCCCCCUUCCCCCACUGUUUAG